AUGAGUGGAUUCCUUCCGCCGUCCUCCUCGUCGCAGACUGGCGAUGACCCUUCACUCUUUAACGAUCCUCGAGCGAUUAGUGGCGAAGCUAUUGCAGAUUUCAACUCGCAGUCAUUUACUCCUACACUUCCACAGGCCUGGGAUCCUUCACAAGCUCAUCUCCAGCAGCCCGUUCCUGUGACAUUCGAGCACGCUUCCAAAGAUACAAGCAAAGGCAAACGCAAGCAGUCCGGCACAGAACAUAUAAAACAUCGCCGGACAAGGAGUGGGUGUUAUACUUGCAGAAGCAGGAGGGUCAAGUGUGACGAGACGCAUCCUAGGUGUGAGAGGUGUCGAAAAGGCGGUCGCGAAUGCGUAUACCCCGAAAACGUAGCAGGGUCCAAAGCACCUGGUAGUACUACCACGAAAUCAACACAUAGCAAGCCCACCUCCAUUCCUGAGGAAGGUUCCUCUCCGGAUAGUUCAGAUGAACAAGACAAAGAAACAUUGCUCGUGGACCUCGAGGAAGCACACUCUUCAAUAGAGGCCCUGGGAUCAUCUUUGCCUUCUGGAAGCAAGCAUACGGUAUCACGUGCGUCCGAUAAAGAUCCAUCUGUCCAUACACAACAACAAACGGGAUUUACAGAUACGCCGGAGUUAUCCCCUUCCCAUCAGGAGGGGAGUCCAACGCCUUCUACAGACGGCUCGGCCUCGUACACGGGUUCUCGGUCAAGUACAUCUCGCACCCCAGCCAAACAUAGCGCAAGCUCGCCAGACACUUCAGAGACCAGCAACGUCAGCCAUUCAAGAUGGCCGCAUCUCCGCCCAGACCUUCAGUAUUAUUUGGAAUACUCCAGAAGCUGCCUGAGCCACCAUCAUUAUUCAUUUAAGCAUGACACGGGCAAUUGGAUGCGCACCACUUUCCUUGACAUUGCUUCCAAGAACGAACCUUUGCUAUACGCUGUGGUCGGAUUUUCGGCGUUUCAGCACACUUUGCAACAGCCAAAUGGCCGGAUACAAGACUUCCUUGGGUACUACAACAAAUCCGUGUCCCUCCUCCGAAUGUCCCUCCAACGGAACCAAAAGCAUACCACUGCCACGUUGUUGACCAUUUUGCAAUUAGCUACGGUAGAGGAGUUCCUUGGUGACUGGGUCAACCUCUUAGGCCAUCAAAAGGCCGCAUAUGAGAUAUUGACGAAGCUAUAUAAUCCCCAGACGAUCUUGCAGAGUGAUACGCAGCGGCGGAUUCUCAACUGGUAUGCUCGCUUCGAUCUCUUCGCUGGGCUGAUGUCUGGAUAUGGGACUGUCCUCGGCCGGGAAUGGUUUUUUUCUAUUCAACAAUUCUUCCUGCAACAAAGCCAGCAAGAUCCAAACGAUAUUGAUUCCAAGAUUGAGGAAAAAUUGGCCAGUUCGCGUCUUUUGGCCACUGACAUGGCACAACUCUUUGCCAGUAAAGCUAGAGAGACUGUGACACAUGAUGAGUUUCUGCAGGGCCACGAGCAGCUCUCACAGAGGUUCAUGUCAUGGCGGGAUAACAUCGACCCUGCGCUGGUUAACCCUGAAUUCCUUGUUAACGAAUUCAAGGACUCUCCACCUCUAGAUCCGGAUGACAUAGUCAACCCAUACCUCCCGGGUAUCCUUUAUCAUGGUCCAUUGUGGACAAUGAAUUUUGCGUUUCUGGACUGGUAUGCUAUCUGGCUGAUGUUUAAAUAUCAGACCAUAUUGCACCUGCAGCUUCCACCAUCUCAGGAGCUUGGAAUGCUUGCCAUGACAAUGUGCCAAUUAUUUGAAGCUAUCGAAUUAUAUCCCCACAAGCCCCCGGGAGCAAUGAUCACUGCACAAGCAAGCCUGGGCAUUGCUUCACUGUUCUUACCAAAGGAUGACCGCCAUACAAUGUGGUGCCGCCGAAAACUAGCAGUAAUUGAAUCUACGGGGUGGAUCUAUCCUCAGACUUUUCGCAACAGAAUGUCUACAUUGUGGUCCGAACCUGAUGUUGACCACUGGUGGCUCCCCAACGACGAAGGCUAUUCAGAUAUCCUCCGAUCCAUUCGUGCCUUUGUCCAAGACAGAACAGCCAAGCCGAAAGACCAUUCCAGUGAAGACGUCAGAGACAUCAAGGCCAUUUUCGGCAAGAUGCAAGUCCACAGUAACCCCGGCAGCCCUUCGGACGAACGAAUGUCAACCAUCUCAAGUAAUAGCGCUACAAUGCCUUCUACAUCUCCUUCCGCUUCAAAUGUUGAUACGUGA